AUGCAGCUUCUGCUGUUCACCUGGAUGCUGCUGCCAGGCUGCUGGGCGGUGACGGGACCCGGCACAGUGCGGGGAUUCCUGGGGGGAUCCCUCUCGGUGAACUGCACGUACGGGGCCGGCUGGGAGAUGAUGCCGAAGUUCUGGUGCAACCCGGGAACGUUGAUUUACACCUGCGGCACUGACAUUGUCAUCACCUCAAAGCAGCAGCCCGCGGUGCAGCGGGGCCGGUUCUCCAUCUGGGACAACCGCGACCAACGGGUGUUCACGGUGACCGUGGAGGGUCUGACCAGGAGGGACGAGGGCACCUACCGCUGCGGGGUACGAACGUCCAGGGGCCAGCAUGAUGACAGUAAAGAUGUGAAGGUGAUCGUGUCCCCAGCCCCUUCUCGCCCCUUCAUGGCAUCGUCCCGUGCCCCAACCACCGAGCACCCCAGUCUCACUAGCUCUGUAUCAGUCCCCACACAGACAACUCCCCAGGGGGAAGCUGUGCGACCACGAUCAGAUUCCUCCGACCACGAAGGCUCCAGCUCUCGCCACCAACUGCUCCACAUGGAAAAUAAUCCCAGCACCCCCUGGUUGUUGGACGUGGUUGUGCACAUCCUCGUUCCAGGGAUCGUAGUGGUUCUUCUUUUGCUUGCAGUUGCUGCUGGCAUUUUGGUAACGCUGUCCAGGAAGAGGAAGAAGGCCCUCUCCGGAGCAGAUGUAGAGAUGGACAGGACUCGCAGCGCAUCACGUACCGGAGCGGAUGCCUUGAACUACGCAGACAUUAACCACCACAGGGGCACGGCCGAGAGCCAGCUGUACAGCAAUGCCGCGGCUUUCCGCUGCUUGGCAAACACCACAACCGAAUACAUGGAGGUCAAGUGGAGUGAUACGCAUUUGGAAGAGAAAAAAGAGGCUAUAUAUGCCACCGUGCAGAAGUCCUCACCCAAGCAGUAGGAGAUCUUUGUCAACGUACCGUCAGCCCCACAGCGCAGAGAAGAUCCCUGCAGCACAGCACAGAGGGUGUGA